CCGGGCUGAACCGAUGAACGGGGGGUAAAGAAGCAGCAGGAGAUGCGCGGAGCUCGUGAGGAGCAGAAACAUCCAGAGGAGCUGUGAGCGUCCACAUGUCUCCUCUCUCUGAUUCAUGAGCGUCUUCUUCACCAAAGCGUCCUGCAGCUGUCACAUCGGUGGUGCCAUUACAGUGUGCUACUUCAUUGUUGACCAUCAGUGAGUUCCUGACAGACACAAAUGACUAUGACAGGUCAGACUGUUGGAGCGGUCACCCAGGACCUGUCAGUGCCAUCCCUGCGAGGUGUGGAUGCACUGGACUACAUGCCUCUAGGUGGCGCCGGCUCCUCCACCAAUGACGCCGUGUCCAUCCUUACCUCCACAAGCAAGCUGACCCGAACCCUCCUGGGUCGCACCUUUGCUCUGCGUCGCAAAGAGCACCAUGCCUACGCUGAAGCUACGGCGGGCAGCAGCUGCGACGAGGACGGCGGCAGUAACGCCGCACGCCGCAAGCGGGAGUUCAUCCCCAGCGAGAAGAAAGACGAAGGCUACUGGGACAGGAGGAGAAAAAACAACGAGGCGGCCAAGCGGUCCAGAGAGAGGCGGCGAGCCAACGACAUGGUGCUGGAGAGGAGGGUCCUGGCUCUGCUGGAGGAAAACGCCUGCCUGAGGGCGGAGCUGCUGGCCCUCAAGUUCCGCUUUGGUCUGGUCAAGGACCCGUCUGACGUGACCAUCCUGCCUCUCUCUGCUCACCCACCACCCAGUACGACACAUUACUACCAACCUCACACCAACGCACCUUCAUACACCAGGGCCCACCAAAUCCACCAUCGCCAUCCGCAGCAGGAUGCCGUCUGUGGAGCGAGGGUAGCUUGGCCCCUGUCGAGUCACAGUGCAUCUGAGGAGUCCGGUGUCACCUCAGGCAGCUCCAAUAUGGGCAGCCCCAUGUUCUUUGAAGACACACUGAGUGAACGAGGUGGGCCCUCGCCAAAGGAGCUGGUGGAGGAGCCACAGGGCUUCGAAUCCCACAUCUGUCCACUGGAGGUCAACGAAGCUCCAUAUGUGCACAAACAAGACUCUGCUGAGGGUUUGAGGAGCCUCCCACACAAACUCCGCUUCAAAGGCCCCGGCGGGUGCAGUGACGGAGGGGAGAUGUCUCCUUCAGCUGUGAACAGAAACACUGAACCACCUGUCGCAACUGUGGUGCCAAGCGUCCAGGUGAAGAGUCACCAGCAGGCGGGGUGGGACAGUCGCGCCGAGAGUCAGACUCUUUGGUCCAGGGAGGAGGCCAGUCCUGGACUCAGGCCCCAGUACCAGACUCUCUCCUCAGAUUACUAUACCCCCUCGUCUCUGCAGAACUCCAGGGACACUAAGUACACUGCUGACAACAGUCUGAGGUCGCAGAUCAGCUGCUUGUCUCAGGAAGUGGCUCAGCUCAAAAGGCUCUUCUCUCAGCAGCUGUUCUCCAAAACACGCACAGAGGGCGGUCAGGGUCAAAGAUAACGGACACAUUU